UCUCGAGUCCGAUGGUUCAUUAUGUAAGAGGAAGACGGCACGCAAAUCACUUCCUGAGUCAGCGCUGGGAAAGACAGGCGCGACACAUGACAGGAUCAAAUUCAACGUGACCGCGUUCUGUCAUAAUGGAAUUAUGACCGGUCAGCUUGUACACGGUGGGGCGUCAUCGCGAACUUGUCAGUCCGGCCUGCUUCCGCCGUUCGUCCAAGAUAAAAUCGACACCGACUGAACGACCAUGUCCAAGCCACUAAGACUAGCUACUCGCCUCUCCUACAUCUAUACACCAUGAAACUCAUCGUCACCGGUGCAACCGGAUUCGUCGCCACCGAACUGCUGCGCCUGGCGGCCAAGCACGCCGCGAUCACCAGCGUGGUCACGGUUUCGCGAUCGCCAGUCACGAUUCCCGAGGGCGCGCCCGCGGGCAAGUUCACGAGCGUGAUCGUGCCCGACUACGACCAGUACACCGAGGAGGCGAAGCGCGCGUUCGCCGGCGCUGACGCGUGCAUCUGGACGGUCGGAGUCAAGACGCCCAACUACGCUAAAGUGGGGCACGAAGAGGCUGUGCGCAUUAGCCACACGGCCACGCGCAUCGGGAUGCAGACGAUCGCGGCCGCGGGACCCGCGACGCCCUUCCAGUUUCUCUACAUGAGCGGAGCGACGGCCGUCCGGGACCAAAGCACGAAGCUGGAAGGACCUUCGUCCCGGUCCCACCUUAUGCGCGGCGACGUCGAGAAUCUCGUGCUCGCUUUCGCCGCAGAGCACGCAGGCUUCAAGGCGGGCUCCGUGAAGCCGGGACUGAUAAAGAAGCGCGCCGAGUUGCCGGAGCUACUGCCCACGGCGGAGAAGAACGGCUGGCCGACUAUCGCCCUCGAGGACUGCUGCAGCGCGAUGCUGGAUGUGGUGAUCAAUGGAUUCGAGAAGGAACCUCUGUAUAACGACGAUCUGAAGGCUGUCGCGG